CCUAGCACGAUAUGGUCUUUCGCUCGUCAAGUCUGCCUGCCUCCGGUCUCCUAGAGCAUUGCAACCUGAGACAUAAUCAUGUCCGAUGAGACGCUCUGAGAGUCUGCUGUAAGAGGCUGUUGGUUUGAUACUCCUACCCUUUCCUCUGAUUUCGCUUGAUACAGUGUGGCCAUGGUCACGGCGAGCCCCGACGACUACUGCUCCGCAUGCCACGACUUUGACCCCCAGGGCCCGCUCCACGAGCGCGAUGCCGUCCUCCGCGACACUUUCGGCAUCCACCGUGUGGCGCUCGAGAACCGGACGCCGGCCGAGCUGCGGAGCCGCCGCGAUGACUGCUACCGCUGCGCCGUGCUGCUCGCCGCCGCCUACAAGCUGGCGUCCGACUGGGACAAGAUGACCAUCUGGCUCGAGGACCAUCAGAACCCAAAGAUCUCGCUCACCGGCAAGGACGCCUGCUCCUUCGAGCUGUACACCACCGAGGCCGACAGCGCGGUCAAGCACCUCCAUCCGCUCCUCGAGGUCCCGGCCUCUCCCCGCUCCGAAGCCACCAUGGACUUCAUGGCCCGCCAGGUGAAGGACUGCCACGACAACCACGACAAGUGCAAGAUCAACCAUGAGUUCAUGCCAAAGAGGCUCAUCAGGCUCACCGACAAGGGCGGCCACAUCAUCCACCCCGACGAGCCGGUGCCCUACAUCGCGCUGAGCUACUGCUGGGGCGGCGACAAGAACAUCCGCACCCUCCGCGCCAACAUCACGGCGCACAUGGACUCGAUCAACCUGGGCCACCUGCCGCGCUGCUUCCGGGACGUCGCCGUCAUCGCCCCGCGCCUCGGCAUCAACCACCUCUGGGUCGACAGCCUAUGCAUCAUCCAGGACGACCACGCCGACUGGGAGGACCAGUUCCCGCGCAUGUCCUGGGUCUACAAGAACGCGAGCGUCGUCAUCGCCGCCGCCGCCAUCGGCAACUGCCAGGAGUCCUUCCUCGGCGACGACGAGGACGACGAGAGGAUGCGCCGCCCGGAAUCCUUCGUCAUCCGCGACGCCCACCCCUCCCAGCCAGCCGCCGUGCGCGCCCGCGCCGUCCCGACCAUCGGCCUCCACGAGGACCUCCAGUCCUUCUACAGCGCGCGCGACCCCCUCGACUGCCGCGGCUGGCCGCUCCAGGAACGCCUCCUGGCCACGCGCAUCCUCGUCUACUCGCGGACGGAGCUGCAGUGGUCGUGCCAGACCCUGCAGGCCUGCGAGGGCGGCCACACGAGCUCCCCCAACCACCCCUUCACGCCGCUCAUCACCAUCGACACGGCCGAGAAGGCGUUUUCGCUCUGGCACAGCCAGGUCAUGGAGUUCUCCAAGCGCCGCCUCACCUUUGAGACGGACAAGCUGCCCGCCAUCUCGGCCGUGGCCGGCCACGUUGCCGACGUCACCGGCUCGCGGUACAUCGCCGGCCUGUGGCGCGACAAUCUCAUCCGCGACAUGUGCUGGGAGCGCCACAUGUUCGAGAGCCUCAAGUGGGAGGCGACGCGCCAGUGGCGCGCCCCGUCCUUCUCCUGGGCCAGCGUGGCGGGCAACGUCUUCUACAACGACAACUCCAUCGCCGCCAAGGGCUUCUACCUCUCCCAGGUCGUCGACGCCGGGGCCACGCGCCAGAGCAACCCCGUCUUCGGCCAGGUCGUCGACGCCUGGGUCGACAUGGAGGCGCCGCUGAUCGAGGCCACCCUCGAGACGCACCCGCCCUACGACGGCAGCGACCUGUUCGACUACAACAACCCCGGCGCCAUGUUUCCCCACGGCCACCCAGAGACGCUCUUCCUCGCCAAGGUCGGCGGGUGGCAGAUCCCCUUCCGGGGCGACACGCACCUGGCGCCGGGACCGAUCCGCCCCACGCCGAGGGAAUCUGCCCACGGGCUGGGAAACACGGCGUACCGCGUGAGAGACGUCGACAGCGUCGAGCUGAGCCCGCCCGUGACGGUGUGGGUGAUGAUCGUGGGGUACUGGUGGGAGUAUACGAACAAGUACCCCAACGGCCAGCGGUGGUUGACGAGCAUCGUCUUGGGACGGUCGGAGCGUCAGCCCGGCGCAUACGAGCGGCUAGGGUACAAGAACCAGCCGUGGCCGCCGUGGGAGAAGAUUCCGCAGGAGGACUUUGACAGGAUCAACGCUCACGUUCAAAACGAGGGGGAGAAGCAGCACUUCCGCAUUGUCUAAGUGAGGGCGGCUAUUUGGAAGUUUCUUCAGAAAAAGCAAAUGCGUUGCUCUCAUAGCAACUUUUAUCAGUGGAUAGAGAAAGGAGGCUAGGGUGGGUGAAGCUAGAGUUGGACUGUAUGUAGACUGUUGUCUUCAUCGUCUGCGUGUCUUCAGUUCCUGCAAACUGCUGAUUUAAUCUGAAGUUGAGCUACCGCUUGCGACAGGCGCCUAUGACAAGCCUGUUUUCCCUCCACUGGCUAGUUAUUAUAUGUUUUCCCUCUUUUUAUUCCUAGACUAUUGCGCGAACUCUCUUGGAAAUAAUAGGUAACAAGAUCCUUUUGUUCACAGAUUAAAAAGGAACCACUCUAUCCUUUCAACAAAAUUAGUC